CGAAUGACUGGUACAAGUUGUUUCUGUUUCGAAAUGGUUAUUUAUAGAUAAAUAAGUUUCAAGAAAAGCAACAUUAAGGAAGAGGAAUUAUGGAAUAAAACAUAUUAACGUACAAUUUUCUACAAUUUUUGAGUGUACGAGUUGGUCUGAACUAGAAAAAUAUCUGAAAAAAGUGUGAUGAACAAUUAUUUUCAAAAAUGCAUCUGUAUGUAAACGAAAAACAGUGCUGUCGAUUAUCAGUGCAAUGAAAGGGAACGGCAUAACAAAUGGGGUUAGCGAUCAUAUACUCCAGCCCUUCAGUCGCGUGCUUCACUCUCGGUAACUACGUCAGGCUGACAUUAGAAAAAAUGGGGGUGUGGUGAAUAUAUAAUAUUACAGGUGUUUCCUAUGACUUCGCCUAACAAAAUAACCUCUAAAAAUGAGGAAACUUUUUAUCUUCUACAAGUACCGGAGAAGAUUGAUAACCUACUUAUUAUAUUGUAUAUUUUUACUAGUGAUAAUAAUAACAGUCCAUUGCCUUUUAUAUACUACAGAGAACAUACAUUGUUACCGCAUAAAGACUGAAGAUACUCUUCCCAAUAUAGCGAAUUAUAACCCCAAAAAAGGAAAGUCCAUAUUUUUUCACGAGACCUCCUGUAAAUCGUUUACUAAAGGCAAAAUAUGGAUAAAAUCUCGACAAGCUUGCGCCGUAGAAAGCGCAGCUAGACUGAAUCCUACCUCAGAAGUUUAUCUGCUUUAUACGUCACCGAUGAAUUUUAAGUUCGAAGGAGAUGAAUCUGAUAGAUUCCUACAAGUUCUAUUGAGUUAUCCUAAUGUUAGAAUUUUGCAUUUAAAUUACGAAAAUUAUACAAAAGGAUCACCUGUUGAAAAUUUGUAUAGCUCAGGGAAGAUUGAGAACUCUUUACAUGUCGUCGCCCACGCCAGCGACGUGUUAAGGUAUCUAACUCUCUGGAAAUAUGGAGGAAUAUAUAUGGAUCUAGAUGUGAUAGUUCUAAGACCAUUGACGGAUCUGAAUAUAAAUUAUGCGGGGAUAGAAUCUACAUCAGUGGUGGCUUCCGGUGUCUUGAAUUUCGACGCUACAGGAAACGGUCACAAAUACGUAGAAGAUUGUUUGUUUGAUUUGAAAAGUAGUUUCGAUGGAAAAAAAUGGUCGACGAAUGGACCUGGUGUUAUAACAAGGUUACUCCAUUCGCUUUGCGGAUCCAAUACGACAGAUGAUAUGUUGGACAACGAAUGCGGAGGUUUUACCGCUUACCCUGCGAACGUAUUUUACCCAGUGCCUUGGCAGAAUUGGCGGAUGUAUUUCGAACAAGAAUUUCUAGACGCUGUGAUCAAUAUGACGCAAAAUAGUUUUACGAUCCAUAUGUGGAACAAGCUUAGUGAAGAAAUCAAAAUACCUGUUACCUCAAAAAAUAUACCUUAUUUAUAUUUUGCUAAGAAAUAUUGUCCUAAAAUUGUUAAUGAAUGUGAUGAAGUAUUUUAAGAUUGUUAAUUAUUUGAAGACAGAGCUGUUUAUCGAGUUAUAUUGUCGUUGCAUUUAAAUAAAUUUGUUAAAAAUGA